AUGGGUCUUGUAACAAAAUUGGCAGAGACAUUUAAUGCAAAUGAAGACGCUCUCAGACUUCUGUUGACUAUUCUGGCAGGUUAUCCCUUAGCGGUUUUUUAUCGGUUUUUCAUCUACAAUAAAUCUCCAAUAGCUCAAAAAGUUUUUUUUGUCAUAGUUGGAAUAUCACUUUACUUCUUCAAUUGCGGUUUAAAUUCUUGUCAUGCUGGGAUUAGCAUAGUGUUUGCUUAUUUAAUAACGAACUACCUUCCUGGAACAACUGCCUCGAUUGUACUGGCUUACUUCGUAUUUCUCGGCCAUUUGCUUUUGGGUUACUGGUUUGCGGAAUCAGAUCAUUAUGAUAUAACUUGGACAACACCAUUCUGUAUUAUGACUUUGCGGUUUAUCGCUUUAGUGAUGGAUGUUUAUGACGGCCAGAAGCCAGAGGAGCAAUUAAAACCAGAUCAAAGAAUUACACGUGUAGUUAAUCCGCCCGAUCUUCUAGAAACUGCAGCGUAUGGGUUGUGCUUUUGUGGAACAUUUGUUGGUCCGCAGUUUCCACUUAGGCGGUUUCGGGAUUUUAUUAAUGGCGAAUACCUAAACGAAAAGAAGGAAGUUCGUAGUACAGGACUUAUGCCAAGUCUUGGUCGUUAUGUUGCAGCAACAUUCUUUGCAGUCAUUCAUCAGUGGGGAAACUUGUGGAUUCCUGGCUCUUAUUUCAGUACUUCACAUUUUCUUCAACAGCCAUAUAUCUGGAAGCUGAUUUGGUGCGUGAUUUGGUUUAGACUGAUAAUGGCAAGAUAUGUUUCUUGUUGGUUAUAUACGGAGGGAGCUGCUAUUUUAAUGGGUAUUGCUUAUAAUGGUAAGGAUAAAAAGGGCGUAGACCAGUGGGAUGGUGUUCGUGACGUACAUAUAUUACGUUACGAGUUGGGCACUGAUUUCCAGAGUGUUAUUGAUAGCUUUAAUGUGGGUACUAAUAGGUUUGCAAAAAAUUACGUGUUUCGACGUUUACGUUGGCUUGGCAGUAGGACUCGAAGUCAUUUAGUAACGUUGUUUUUCUUAGCUUUGUGGCACGGUUAUCACCUGGGUUACUUCGUUCUGUUUUUAUUUGAAUUCGCGUGUGUUGUUGCUCAAAACAAUUUCUACGAGAUUUUGAACAGAAUACCUGGAGCUCCUGCUCUACUUGCUCAGCCUUGGAUGUACCCUUUGAAACUACUAUUUGGUAGAAUUGUUAUAAACGUAUGUAUGGGAGUUGGGUUCCUUACAUUUGGGCUCGUUAAAACAAGGCAUUGGUUAACGGUAAUUUUUUCGGCUUAUUCUGGCUUUGAGCUCAGAAUUUUCUCUCAGUUCGGGUCUAAUUAUUCUUCAUAA